AUGCAGCAGCGGUCCCAGCCAGCAGCCAGCAGCGGCCCCAGCGAACAGCCAGCAGCCAACAGCAGUCCCAGCCAGCAGCCAGCAGCGGUCCCAGCCUGCAGCCGGCAGCGUUCGCAGCCAGCAGCCAUCAGAGUUCUCAGCCAGCAGCAGUGCCCGCCAGCAGUGGUCUUCACCAGCAGUGGUCCACUGCAGCAGCGGACCCCGACAGCAGCGAUCCUAGGCGGCAGCCAACACCCAGCCGCCGUCCCAACCAGCAGCCAGCAGCGGUCACAGCCAGCAGCCAGCAGAAGUCCCAGCCAGCAGAAAGCAGCGGUCCCAGCCAGCAGGCAGCAGCGGUCCCAGCCAGCAGCCAGCAGCCAGCAGCAGUCCCAACCAGCAGCCAGCAGCGGUCCCAGCCAGCAGCGGUCUAAGCAAGAAGUGGUCCCAGCCAGCAGCCAGCAGCGUUCCCAGCCUGCAGCAGUCCACCCCAGCAGCGGUCCCCAACAGCAGCGGUUCCUGGAAGCAGCAGUCACCACCAGCAGCUGUCCCAGCCAACAGCAAGUAAUGGUCCCAACCAAGAGCCAGCAGCCAGCAGCGGUUACAGCCAGCUGCCAGCAGCAGUCCCAGCCAGAAGCCAGCAGCGUUCCCAUCCAGCAGCUAGCAGCGUUCCCAGCCAGAAGCGGUCCCGGAAAGCAGCAGUCACCACCAGCAGCCAGGUCUGGUCCCAGCCAACGCCAGCAGCGUUCCCAGACAGCAUUCCAGCCAGCAGCCAGGAGCCAGCAGCGGUCACAGCCACCAGCCAGCAGCGCUCCCACCCAGCAGAGGUCCCCGCUAGCAGUGGUCCCCGCCAGCAGCGAUCUACUCCAGCAGCGGCCCGUGGCAGCAGCGAUCCCCACCAACAGCGGUUUCUGGCAGCAGCGGUCCCCACCAGUAGCGGUCCCAGCCAGCAGCAGUCCCAGCCAGCAGCCAGUAGUGGUCCCAGCCAGCAGCCAGAAGCGGACCCAGCCAGUAGCAACCAGCGGUCCAAGCCAGCAGCCAGCAGCUAGCAGCCAGCAGCAGUCCCAGCCAGCAGCCAGCAGCAGUCCCAGCCAGCACAGCCAGCAGCUAGAAGAGGUCCCUGCCAGUAACCAGCAGCGAUCCCAGCCAGCAACCAGCAGCGGUCCCAGCCAGCAGCCAGCAAUGGUCCCAGCCAGCAGCCAGCAGCAGUUCAGCCAGCAGUGGUCACCGCCAGCAGCAGUCCCGGGCAGCAGCGAUCCCAACCUGCAGCGGUGUCAGCCAGCAGCAAGCACCGGUCCCAGCCGGCAGCCAGCAGGCAGCAGCGGUCCCAGCCAGCAGGGAGCAGCGGCCCCAGCCAGCAGCCAGCAGCCAACAGCGGUCCCAGACAGCAGCCAGCAGCGGUCCCAGACAACAGCCAGGAGCGGUCCCAGCCAGCAGCCAGCAGUGGUCCUAGCCAACUGCCAGCAGCCAGCAGCGGACCCAGACAGCAGCCACCAACUGCGGUACCAGCCAGCAGCCAGCAGCCAGCAGCGGUCCCAGCAAGCUGCUAGUAGCGGUCCAAGCCAGCAGCCAGUAUCCAACAGCUGGCAGCGUUCCCAGCCAGCAGCCAGCAGAGGUUCCAGCCUGCAGAGAUCCCAGCCAGCAGCGUUCCUAGCCAGCAGCCAGCAGCGAUCCCAGCCAGCAUCAGUCCCUGGCAGCAGUAAUCCCCGCCAGCAGUGGUCCCAGCCUGCAGCCAGCAGCUGGCAGCCAGCAGUGUUCCGACCAGCAGCCAGCAUCGGUUUCAGCCAGCAACAAGCAGUGGUCCCAGCCGGCAGCCAGCAGCCAGCAGCAGACCUGGACAGGAACCAGGAGCGGUUCCAGCCAGCAGCCAGCAGCCUGCAGCGGUCCCAGCCAGCAGCCAGAGGGGGUCCUAUCCAGCAGCGGCCCCACCAGCAGCCAGCAGAGGUCCUAGCCAGCAGCCAGCAUCGUUCCCAGCCAGCAACCAGCAGCGGUCCCAGCCAACAGCUGUCCCUGCCAGCAGCGGUCCCCGCCAGCCGCUGUCCCUGCCAGCACUGUUCCCAGCAGCAGAGGUCCCAGCCAGCCGCCAGCAACGGUCCCCGCAAGAAGCGGUCCCAGCCAGCAGCCAGCAGCAGUCCCAGCCAGCAGCUAGCAGCGGUCCCAACCAGCAGAGAUCCCAGCCAGCAGCGAUCCCAGCCAGCAGCCACCAGCGUUCCCAGACAGCAGCGGUUCCGGCUAGCAACGGUCCCUGCCAGAACGAUCCCAGUCAGCCGUGUUCCCAGCCAGCAGCCAGCAGCGAUCCCAGCCAGCAGCAGUACCCGGCACCAGCAGUCCCCACCAACAGUGGUCCCAGCCAUCAGACAGCAGCGUUCCAAGCCAGCAGCCAGCAGCGAUCCCAGCCAGCAGAUAGCAGCGUUCCCAGCCAGCAGGCAACAGCCAACAGAAGUCCCAACCAGCAGCCAGCAGCAGACCAAGCCAGCACUCAGCAGCGGUCCGAGACAGCAGCCAGCAGCGUUCCCAGCCAGCAGCAGUCCCCACCACCAGCAGUCCACGCCAGAAGUUGUCCCCAGCAGCAGCAGUCUUAGCUAG